AUGUCAACUUCAUUUGAUGGUCCAUAUCCACCGAAUCCACAACAAAAAUCAUCAUCCCGCUGGCCAACUGCACCAGGAGUUUACGUCAACGUCGAGUUCAGAGUCUCGAUGUCUGAGAACGACAAGGGACAUGGGGCAUCGUUGAGCAAAAAACUACAGCAACAGCGAGAUUUAAAUCGAGGGUUGAGCAUUGGUAUGGAAACACAAGGGAGGGGAAGAUCUGCACCACCGACGAUGAACGAUAGAACUCAACCAAUUAGUCCAGUCAGUCCUGUUAGCCCUAUGAGUGCUGUUGGCAGUCCAAUACAACAUCGGAUAGUGAAUUUGCCUCGGCAAAACAUUAUGGAUCGAUUAGACCGACCUUUACCAUCAACACCAGGACGAUUUCGUCUCGGCGAAGAUGACUUACCAUGGUCAACACCCCCUUCGUAUUGGAACGCCGAACCUGAUACUUCAGAAAGUGUCGGUCCUACACUAACCAGUAUUGAGACCUUUCAGCCAUAUCAACCAUCUCCAACUACUGCCAGACGAACCGAAGAUCCUAAAAGAGUUCGAGAGUUGUCGGAACUUCAACAGGCUAUGAUGACGGUGGAUAGUAUUGACAAUGAUGUAUGGGAUCCGUGGAUGUGGGAUAGUGUAGGAGAUAUGCCUAGAGGGCCAAGAAGUAUUGGCUGGGCAGUAAGUUCGAACGAUGCAUCUGGCUCGCCGGCCUCGUCGUCGCUGAAGACUCCGCCGCCGCCGCCUUACGUUGUUAGUCAGUGGGAAAAUGCUUGUCAGAAAAGAGUCACGACUACGAGACCUAGAAGUACGGGCUGA